AGUUUCCAUUUGCUCUCCGUGAGUUUUGGUUGUGCGUUCGCGUUCCAAGGUAACUAAUGUGGUGUACUCUCUAUACUCCAAGGGAGAACAAUCUAACAGUUUAUGUGUGCAAACUUGCUCCAACUUCCUCGUGAUCCUUAAAUACAUUUCACGAAACUUUAACGCAGUGAAGUGUCUUUUUGGAAGUGCUGGAGAUUCGAAGUGAAGGUGCUGUGAAGACAUCAAUUUAGCUGUCAAGAUUGAAAGAAAAGUUUCCCCCUCCCCUUUCCCAAAAAUUAAGGAAGUGCAUAAAGUGUUCGUAUUAAGUGCAGUGUCCCCUAGAAUUGACAAGAAGUGUCCAAUGUCGGUGACCUUUGAUCAAUCUUCAAUACAUUCUUCGUAAGAAAGUUUUGUGGUGAAUUUCUGUGAUUUGGGUACUUCCAUUUCUUGGAUAUACUCUACCAACAUAUACCUUUAACAACCAAUUUUCCGUGAAUUUGUGCAUCUUUGGGGAAAAUCAUUGCGAUUUGUAGUGAGAGGUAAAGUGAAAGUGAAGGAAGUGCAAAGAGGAGAGAAGAAGAGAAAUUGGAUUACCAUAUAAAUGCCGUGCUAAGAUAAAAAGGACCACGAUUCCCUUUUCAAAGCAUCUUCUUGUAGGACCAGCAAUUUCAAUUUGGUGGCUGACUACCCUUGUGCUGUGUGUGCUGUUUGUUUGAGAAGCAGAAACGCGGAGAAGGCUCCACAAUAAACGAUAAAAGAGUGUCCAAAGAAGAAUUUUUUUCAAAGUCGUACUGUACAUAACAUUCUUUGAGGCGCGCGCAAAAAAAAACGAGAGAACUGAGCAAAAAAAAGCUCCGACAUACCUGUAAUUUGCACGCAAUGGAAGAAAACGAUUCGAGUGUAAAAUGACGUGAAACAUCUUCUAACUUUUUGCCGUUUCAAGGCAUGUUGGGUACAACUGGAGGGCGUUUUAUGGGGCCAUCUGGGUCGUCGCAUGCACAUGGAAGUCUUUGGCCACCAACCACGGGACGUUCAUUAGAGUUACAAUCAAAUGGCGAAGUUGCAGAAUCCCUGUUUGCGGCCGGAGGUUACAACACACCACCACAUAAUUCACCAUUUAUGCCAGUAGCGCCAUUAGAGCUAGUCGCCAAGAACUUUCAUUCGGGCACCGUAGCAUUCAGUCAAGCAAAUAGUAGCAUUUUCGUGCAGUCACAGACGGAUUUUCUCAGUACCGGUACAUCCGUUUCGAAGAAGACAUGCAUUGGACGGUGGGAGCAUGGUGCAACGGCAGUGGAGCCACUACAGAUUCAGGUGCCACCAUUGCCACCCAUUGGGAAUUUCUCCAUUAAGUCUGAGAGCAUCAGUGCGGGGAGUUCGCGAAACCACAAAUCAGAUGGAGCCAGUCAUUUUGCACCAGCCGAUGGGGCUGCGUCGUCACCAUGUUCGGGAUCCUGCACAGCAGCAUCACCAGUAGUUACGACAGUAUCAUCCACCGUAUCAAAUAGUGAUUUAAAUUCCGGCUGUAGUCGUACAUUGCCCAUUUCAUGGACAACAUCCCUGUCAUCCGUACAUUCGACAUCAUCAUCAUCAUCUGUUGCAUCUGUCCGUGGUGCUUCUAGGCAUAGUGGCACAAGUAGCAGCAAUACAGUGGUUCACAUUAAGAGGGAACCCUGCCAAGUGUCCGAAGUAACAACUUCCAACAAUACUUUGGUAAAAAUUGAAUCACCAUCCCCAAAGGGCACGAUGGACAGCAGUGUCACGAGUGGCCAGCAUACGGCUGGUGCCAUCCCCGUUGGUAUUGCCGUGGCCAGGCAGAGACUACAGGAGCAUGUUAAUGCCCAGCAGCAGCAGCCUAAGGAUAUCAAUCGAUUCGGUAUUGGAUUGGCGGAUCUAGGUGGCGCCACACCGACUCUCAGUCAAAAUAUGUUCUUCGCAGGCACAAAUUCCACCAUGAUCCCACUCACAUCUGAGGCGGUCACGAUGGGUGUUUCCAGUAUGCAGAAUGCAGUGAGGACCCCACCUGCUCUCUGGCAGUAUCCCACCCCUGUGCCGAUGGAAUCAAUGCUACCUAUGCCAAUACCACCUGUUGGAUUUCAAUUAGUACGAGAUCCAAAUACAGGACAAUUCCUCUUCUUACCAACAACAACCACAAUUGAGAAAAUAUGUAUUUCUUACCUAGAACCGUUCCAACAAGCCGUAGUGUGGCCCUCAUACCCACAGACAGCGGCAAUUCAGCCACCCCAUGUUCUCAUCCCCCCAAUUGCCCAGCCCCUACAUCAGCCACCCCCACUGGCACCCCUGCAGCUCAUCGGUUCCGACUACUUGGCAGCCAGUACCACCCUCCAUCAGCACACCCAAACCCACAGCACAAGAUUGGUGGCUCUCACGUCCGAUCCGGGCAAGAGGAAGACCGCACCGAGUCAUCCACCACCAGGAAUUCCCCUUCCAAUCCCAUCGCAUACGCUAAUUAAAAUUGAAGAUUGCGCGGGCAGUAGCACCAGUUGCUCAGCAACUCCUUCGCUUCCGCAUCAAUCGUCGCUCUUCGACACAUGCUCCGACAAAGGAGGUUCCUUGCAAACCACAACUACUGUGACUGAAAUGACCCCAAGUCUACCGCAGUUGUACUACCAGCCGUCGAAUAAUCUCAUUCAGAUUGCACCAACAAGUGCUCCAAAUGAUGACUGUCGAACCAGUAUACCGCACAUGAUAACACCUCCACCAACAGCUGUCUGUCUCACACCUGUUGAGGCAGAAGCCCUGCAACCAGUCACAGCGCCACAACCUGAGGAAGCAACCUCGUGCUCAGUGCCCGAAGUUCAGGAUGCCAACAUCCAGACGGAUACGCCUGUAAUGAGUGAGGAUGAGAAUACAUCUGGUGGCGAUGAAUGCCCCCUCGCAGUCACCACAACAACAACAGAUGAACCCAAGGAACUCAUCAUGUGCCAUACUAUCACCCAGGCGUCUACAAAUGGUCGUCUCUCGGUCUUUGAGGAGACACCAGCACCCAAAGAACAAUUGGAAAUGGUGUCAAUUCCCGUAGAAAACACUUCAGGCCUCGUUGCAGCAGUUCAAAAUGAUGGUGAAACAGCUAAGGAUAUCCCUGGAACAAUGCCCAUUAAUCCCGUAGAUCUCAGUGGUUUGGAACUACUCUCAAAUUCCAUUGAGGCCUUCGAAAAGAAGACUUUCACCAUUAAGAAGGAGCCAUCGAGUGCUGGGAAUUCCCCAAAAGCAUUGCCUCCAACAGAAUCACCCCCACUUCCAGGUGCCCAAGAAUCCGAAGAACCCUUCGAUGGGCUUAAUCUUCUCUGUGCCCUUGCGGAACAACGCCUAGAAGAAGUGGGAAAGCGCCGGAAAUCCAGCUCUGACAGUGAUUCCCGGAAACGCAAAUCCCAUAAACAUUCCACUGCUGGGUCAAGCAAUAAGAAAUCCCGUCGACGGUCAAGGCAUGAAAAGGAACGUGGAGGGAAGACGUACCGCAAGAGGAAGCUUGAUUCCGAUGAGACUGAGCGCGAUGAGGAUGAAGACGGGGAGAAUAGCGGAGGACUCAAUAAGGACUUCAAGGAGACACUGAGUCGUGUCAAGGCAAAGUACUCAAAAUUCUCCUGCAAGAAUACUGAAUUGGAUCAUCAGCAUACACCCGAAUGCCGUGGAAAGGUUGUCUGGCCGUCAAAUGCUGAACUGCUGCAUGCAAUGGAGGACGACAUGUUGAGCCGUUUGCAGGAUAUAACGCGGAAAUGCGAGGAAAAACGAAGGGAACUGGAUAAAAUUGAAAAGAUGAAUCCCGUGCUGAGGAGUCUGCAACAGAAUAAGAUUCUCUCGGAUGAUGAAAUGACACCACCGAGAAUUGCUACACCCCUAUCGACUGAUAGCAAAUCCCGAACUUCCUUUAUGGGGACACCAGUUGUGGUGUUGUCGCCCAAUUUUUCAUCCUCUCAAUCCGAGAGUACACUCAUUGAGCUUCCAAAAAUCUCCAGUGACACAGAGUCCAGUAAGUUUGAAGACGUUGAAACGAGUUCGGUUGAGAGGUUGUCCAAGAGGAAGGGUGGUGUACCGAAGAAGCACGAUGAUGCAGCUGAGACGGAGACAAUUGUUGCAAAGAAGCACAAGAGUCUCGUUGGUUACAUCCUUGCCUCGAAGAAUCGUGUCAGUGAUACAAAUGUCAAAGGACUUAGGUAUAAAAGCAAUGAUUCCACAGAUGCCAACAAUCUCAAGAGCAAUACAGACAGCAAUGGCUUCUCCACGACCGAUGAGGAUAGUUUGGGGAAGAUUCCGAUGCGCCUAAAGAAGGAGACGGUAUUCGUUAAGCAAGAGACUGACACGAUGGAGGAUGAUAGUUCAAAGAGAUCGGAUUCCUCCAAUCAGGGCAGUGAGAAUGGCACCCUGUCGCCUGAGAGGAAGUCUCAUCACAAGUCAAAGCAUCAUUCCAAGCACAAGAAGACAUCGCGCACAAAGGAGCGCAAGCACAGAAGAUCAUCAGAUGCUAAGGAGCGUAAGAAGAAGAUUGAUGCCAAGUGUUUGCUAACAGGUGAACACCUCGAUAAGUCAAACACACGCGUCCUUACCGCUAUGGGUGGACUUUUCUACGCUGGUUGCCUGAAUCCGAUUAAGCCACCGGAUAUUUAUGCCGUCACCCUGGACGGUGAACGUGGCAAUCGACCACACAUCAUGUCCCGCGAGGAGAUCCUCAGGGAUGCAAUACUCGAAGUAGCUCCGGAAGCUACAAGUGAUGUUCAAUCAGGAACACGCCUGUGCGCCUACUGGAGUCAGCAGUAUCGUUGCCUGUAUCCAGGAACAGCUGCUGAACCCGGUUCACCGGAUUCCAUAAUGGACAGGAAGUUUGUAAGCGUUGAGUUUGAUGAUGGAGACAGUGGCAGGAUUGCUCUGGAAGAUAUUCGCUUCCUUCUCAGUGAUUAUCCGAUUGUUGAAUACGAUCCAAAUCCGUUGCUGUCUCUUGGGAAGAGGAAACGCGGAUCAAGUCAUGGAAAUCAAGAACGGGAUCCUUUGAAUCAAGGACCGGGAAAUUCCUCCAUGAAUGACACUUCUAUAUCACACCGAGACAUGGCCAGUAGCAGUAAAACCAGCAAGGAAGCCCAAAGAGAGCGGAGGCGCUUGAAAAAGCUCCGGAAGAGCAAGUUAAAGCGUCUGGCAAUGGAGAAGAAUCAAGAGCAAGAGCGUAAACAUCGCCGGAAGUACAAAUGCGGAGAUGAAUUUUGCAAGCAUCGGAAGCACAAGAAGCGAAGGAAACAUAAGAAGCACCAUCAUCGCGAUACUGAACAUUCAUCACCAAAUGAGGAUGAUAUUUUGGCAUCACGCGAAGAAAACAGCACAUCGCCCACAACGUCGGAAGAGUUGAUUCUGCCCAAGGACACCAAUGGGAAAUCCAAGGCAGAAAAAUUCAAUCCCACCAUCAAAGAGGAAACCAUGACGGAGGAGGAAGUAGCAUCAUCUAUAACGGAGAGUUCUGGCUCCCUCUAUGAGCCGGGGAAGAAAAAGGAGCGGCAAGACUCGACGGAGCCGAAUAAGAGCAAAAUUGCUGCAUUUCUGCCAGCACGACAACUGUGGACGUGGGUGGGAAAGGGUUACAGGCGAACAUGUGCCAAGGGUCGUGUCAAGAAGCAAUUCUUCAAGACAAUCCAACGCGGAAAAGAAUCCAUCCAUGUGGGCGAUAGUGCAGUCUUCCUCUCCACAGGCCGUCCCGAUCGCCCCUAUAUUGGGCGUAUCGAAUCAAUGUGGGAGACCUCCGCCAGCAACAUGGUUGUCCGUGUUAAAUGGUUCUACCAUCCCGAAGAGACCGAAGGGUGUCCUAAUUUGAAGUAUCCUGGAGCCCUUUUUGAGUCACCACAUGAAGAUGAGAAUGACGUCCAGACAAUUUCUCACAAAUGCGAAGUUCUCUCCGUGACGGGAUUCACGAAGAAAUUCGGGAGUGAUCCAAAGCACUAUCAGUCAAUUUAUGACAACAAUGACACCUACUAUUUGGCUGGAUAUUACGAUCCUACGGCGCUUACAAUUAAAAUGCAACCUGAUAUCCCUGUUGUCUCUUCCAGUGAGAAAUGUAUUUGAGCAGUUUAUCCAUUAAGAAAGGAUAAAUGAAAAGUAAUUUUGAAGUCUUAAAAUCUUGAUAAAGAAAUUAGACAAAAAAGAUCAAGAUUGACUUCAGAAUCAGAACCAUAAAUAAGGAUGUGAUUCGAGAUUGAAGACAGGGAGAUUUAUAAUGAAAAAAAAUCAUUUUGGCAAAAUUAUAUCUUUUUGAGCUGCGGCUUAGUUGGGGCACAAUGCUACGUUUUGAUUAAUUUACAUGAAAAAAAAAUAUACAAAAAAAUACUGAAAAAGUAAUAAAAGAUGUGGUGGCAAAAAUCAAUAAAUGUACUGGUAAGCUGACCAAGCUUACGGGAGCUGUGUUUCUUUCAGUGUACCAAUUUUGUGAGAGCAAACUAGAACGCGAAUUAAUUUAAAUACGCGCAAAGUCGGGAAAAGAUGAAAAGUCAUACCCUAAGAAAUGUUUGGAAGGCCAUAUCUCGAGAACGGAUCCAUAGAUUUUCAUAAAUUUUUUUUUGUUUGAAAGGUCUUGAAGUCAGCUAUAACAUAUCGAAAAAUGAAAAAAAAUUAUGUAGCCAUUUUCGAAAAAUUCGAGUUCGAAAUUUUCGAAAACUUUGUUUUUGAUUUUAGCGCCUCUUGCGGUCAUUUCUCGAAGUUGCAAUGUUCUAGACAUUUGUAGGGUUUCUCGAAACCUUUCAUUUGCGCUUGAGUUGAUCAAGAUCGGACUUGUAGAACCCGAGAUAUGACAUGCCAACUUUGGAAGGCUAUAUCUCGAGAACGGAUCCAUAGAUUUUCUUCAUUUUUGGCAUGAAGCUAGAUAAUAUGGUCAGCUACAACAUAUAAAAAAAUGAAAAAAAUUUAUGUCGUCGUUUUCGAGAUAUUCAUCGAAAACUCAUCGAAAAUUUUGUUUUUGAUUUUUGGCCCUCUAGCGGUCACUUUUGAAACUUCGGAUGUUCUAGAGAGUUGUAGGGUUUGUUGAGAUCUUUUAUUUGACCCCGGGUUGAUCAAAAUCGGUCAAGCCGUUUUCGAGUUAUGGUCGAUUUUCGAUAAAAAAUUGUGGCGGCCAUAUUGACUAAACGGCUUGACCGAUUUUCGAAAAUGAGGUAUCGUUGGAAAGGUAUUAAUGGCCCCUACAACAUAUCAAAAUUUCAGAUUUUUAGCUAUUACAGGGGCUGAGAUAUAGCGAAAACAAAAUUUUGAGGUUAUUCAAAAUGGCGGACGCGGGGGUGGGGGGGUGGAUUUGACCUCAUAAUCGGACGUCUUCCAGUCGACUUUUAAACUUUGCCGUUUAGCGCAAGUCUCUAUCUAUUACCGUUCUCUUGCAAUUUAGCUUUGUACUACGGACGGCCGGACGGACGGACGGCCGGCCGGAAAAAAAAUUUUUUGGCGCAUACGUUUUUUGGAAUGUAGGGACCCUAAUUCGUGCUCAUCCCAAGUUUGAGCCCGAUCUGACGACUUUCGAUUUUGCUCGGUACACAAAAGCUGUGUCUGAAAGAAACACAGCUAAAAUUGAGUGCAAUUUUUAUAAUAAUAAAUUAAUAAUAAAAAAUACAGCAUAAUAAAUCAUAGAUAUGUAGUGAAUAGGGUGAUAUUGUGACGAAAGACGAUGGAAAUAACGAGAAGAUUGAUUUAGGUGACUACUUAUGCAAUAAAAUAAUUCGGAUAAUUUCCCGUCUUAUUUUCAAACUUUAAUUUUUCUUCUCUUCAUUCAAAUGACGAUGCUACACACAAACUUAAUGGUAGUCAAUACCUUAAUUAUUUUUUAAGUGGUAGCAUCACUCAAAAUAUAGAAUUUAUUUCUCUCGACUCACACACACACAUGAAACAAUGAAUUUGAAGGUGAUAAUUUCUUGGUGCUAUUGAUUUCAUGUUUUUUCGGAUUUUUUUUAAACCUUAUUUUUAACUUUCUACUUUUUCACAAAAAAAAAACAAACUGGUACUAAAAAAUAGAAGAAAGUCAAUAACAUAAUCAAAAUAACUAACCUAUACCUAUACUUUUUAAGUGGCAUUAUCUCUGUGUUUUUAUUUUUUAAUGUAGAAUUUGUUGUCGUUGUAAGUGAAAUAAGUUUUGUCAUUAAAGUCUUUUUUGUACUUUUUGCAGCAGAAUAUUACUCGAUGCAAUCGUUAGAUGGUUGAAAUAAAUCAAUCGCAAAUUCUUAUAUAAUGCCAAUUGAAUGCUUAUUUAUAGGAAUUUAUGCUAUAAUUAUUAAAGUAAAAAUAUUUUUAAAUAUCUUAAACAGAAUAAUCAUUCAUAUUAAUUAACAAAAUAGACUAAUAGAUGUCUCAACAAAAAAAACAUUUAAUUAAAAGAUAAACAAUACUCUUGUAUAUAUAAUCUGUGCUUUGUGAACACAAUUAAUUUCUCAAUUUAAAUUUCAAGCAGUCAAAUUGAAGAAAUAAAGAAGAAAAUUUCUCUGGCAUAAUCUACUAAAUAAUUAUUCUUACUAUAUAAAAAAAUACUUACAAAAUAAUAAUCAUUUUGAAAUUAAAACAGCAGCAGUAUAAAAUAUUUUUAAUAAUUAACAUGUAAAAUUUAUUAGAAGAUAGAUUUCUCUGCAAGUUUGAUGUAAUAGUUUGUAGUGCUUUCAAAACUCUUAAUUAUUAUGCUGAGCAAAGGAUGCACUUUCUAUAAUUGUGGCAGAAAGGAUUUGUGUAACGUGAAGACAUUACCAGUGACAGUAAUUCUAAGGAUGAGACAGGAUUUUAUGAUUAAUAUUCAAGAAAAUGAAAAUUAAAUGUUGAAACACUGUUAACAUACCAAACCUACUGAAUAAGAGAAUCUUCUUGGAAAUAUCUUUAUCAUAUAGGAAUAUCAAUAUAUAUAUAUUGAGAAAUACUAUAGUUUUUUAAAAAUCUAUUAGUAUACAAAACAUGUGAAAUAAAAGGUGUACAACAAA